GUCUCCAUCCGGCUGGACGGCGAGAACAAGGCAGUCGAGUAUGAUGCCGUGGGUGCCGUGAAGGAUGCUGUCAGGGUGAUCUUCCGAGGCCCCCGGGUCAGUGACCUCUUUGACCGGGACUGGCACAAGAUCGCCCUGAGCAUCCAGGCCCAGAACGUUUCCUUGUACGCUGACUGUGCGCUGGUGCAGACGCUGCCCAUCGAGGAGAGGGAGAACAUCGACAUCCAGGGGAAGACGGUGAUCGGCAAGCGCCUUUACGACAGCGUGCCCAUCGAUUUUGACCUGCAGCAGAUUGUGAUUUAUUGUGACUCCAGACACGCAGAAUUGGAGACUUGCUGUGAUAUCCCCUUGGGCCCGUGCCAGGUGACCGUGCUGACGGAGACUUCACCCCUGCCCCAGCAGCCUCCCACUUCUGGCAGUGAACAGAUCGGGUUUUUGAAGACCAUCAACUGCUCAUGCCCGGCUGGAGAAAAGGGCGAAAAGGGCUCUGAUGGCCCCGUGGGACUCCCCGGCCCAAAGGGAGACAUGGGAGCCACUGGGCUGGUUGGAGCUCCUGGACCCAAGGGAGAAAAAGGUGACAUGGGCAGAGGGCCUUUUGUCCAAGGAGAGAAGGGUGAAAAG